AAUAGGGUUUUCAGCAACACCUGUAUCUCUCUCUACCUGCCUUCACUGAUACUCACCCGCCUUUUCACCUUCACCGCCAUUCCUAUCAAUCAAACCCCAUGUGUCACCCACACCCCACACCCCACGCCUCUCUCUCUCUAGAUCUCUCUUUUACGUCGACUGUAUAUAUAUGUCUGUAUAGGUUAGCUUACAAGAUUUCAACAGACAGGAACGUGACCCUAGAGUUCGUCAUGUGCUACUAGCUAAUUUUCUACUCUAAAAUCAAUACAUGCCCAACUGACAUCAAUUCAUGAUUCAUCACCCUGUCAUGUCUUAUAUGGAGUGAGAUUUUCCUUUGUCGCAAUCGUCAACAGGAACUGAAGAAUGGAGAAGAAUCCCCUUUUCUCAUUCUGCUUCUCCAUAUUCAUCACUUUCAGCUUCGUAAGCUGCGCUUCACUUCUCCCUUCAGACCAAAAUGAUCAAAUCAACUCCAUCUUAGGGGAAGAUGGGGAAGAUGGCCAUUGGAGAAAUGGGAUCUUGAGUUCAUCAGCUCAAGCUCCUUAUCCUUCCAGUGGAUCAUCUAGUGCACUUGUAUUAGCGGGUUCAAGAACAAAAAGACCUGAUAUUCUUAACCGAUUCAGAAAGUAUCGUGGUGGAUGGGACAUUACCAAUAAGCAUUACUGGGCUUCAGUUGGAUUUACAGGGUCUGCUGCUUUGAUUCUUGGUAUGAUAUGGUUUGUGUUCUUUGGUGUCGCCAUGAUCACACAUCACUUCUGUGGAUGGAGGAUUGAAAUCAAAGGCAAAGAAUCUAGACUUUCUCAAACGCUAUGCUUGAUUUUGCUCAUCAUCUUCACAUGUGCUGCAGCAACUGGAUGCGUUCUUCUUUCAGUUGGGCAAGAUGAGUUUCAUGGUGAAGCAGUGGACACGUUGAAUUAUGUUGUGAACCAAUCAGAUUACACCGUUCAGACACUUGUAAAUGUCACUGGGUAUUUGUCGCUAGCUAAAACUGUCAAUGUGGCACAGUUUUACCUUCCUUCAGAUGUGAAAGACAGUAUUGACAAACUGAAUGUAGACUUGAAUUCUGCUUCAGAUACAUUGGGUAGCAAAACACAUCAAAAUUCAAGAAAAAUAAGAACUGUUUUCGAUGCUGUGCGAUCUUCCAUGAUUACUGUUGCGAUUGUAAUGCUUAUUGUUUCCAUUUUAGGCCUUUGCUUGUCAAUUCUUGGUCACAAAAACGCAAUCCACUUAUUCAUUAUCGGUGGAUGGUUGCUUGUUGUGGUUGCUUUCAUCCUAUGUGGAGUUUUCGUAAUCCUCAACAAUGCAAUUUCGGAUACAUGUAUGGCUAUGGAACAAUGGGUGGAUCAUUCAGAUGCCGAAACUGCCCUCAGCAACAUCCUUCCAUGCGUUGACCAAGGAACAACGAACCAAACUUUAUAUAAAAGCAAACAAGUGAUCAGCGAUCUCGGAAACAUCGUCAAUGGAUUCAUAGGUUCAUAUGCAAACUCAUACGGCGUACUUCCGGCGAACUCCAAUUACUACAACCAAUCGGGCCCACUGAUGCCCUACGUUUGCUCUCCAUACGACUCACAGCUCCAACAACGAAACUGUUCUUCACAAGAAGUCUCAAUGUCAAAUGCGUCUCUGGUGUGGUGGAAUUACACAUGUACAGUAUCGGACUCUGGAAUAUGCAUGAGCACCGGAAGAUUGACUCCUGAUAUGUAUCAGCAAUUAGUGGGGGCAGUGAACAUAAGUUACGCCCUCCAACACUACACGCCGCCGCUGCUCAGCUUCCAGGACUGUAAUUUUGUUCGGGAGACAUUUACGACGAUCACCUCCGAGCACUGUCCGGCGUUAAAGCGGCAUCUGCAGAUGGUGACUGCAGGUUUAGGGCUUGUAUCUGUAGGGGUGAUGCUGAGUCUUGCACUUUGGAUAAUAUACGCAAACCGCCCCCAAAGGGAGGAAGUGUUUGCUAAGAUUACGUCCAAAAUUAAAGGCAAAUGCAAUGGAAAGCUUUGUCGUGGUGACGCAAGAAGUCAAAUCACUGAAGUUUGAUACGUGAGAACUUUAGAUUUAGUAGGAAUAGUGUUGAUAUCAUCGGGGUUUUUGUUGUUGUAAUCUAAAUCUAAUUUCGGCCAAGAUGAAGUUGAGCAUGAUUUGGAUUCGGGAUAUCAAUAAUUUCUUGACAGGGUCAAAAAUGGUAUUAACAUCAUAACAUGAGGGUUUAAUAAGAUAAUUAUUCGGUUUCGUUUUGGCCCAAGUAUUUCGGAUUGAUAAAACCUCAAGCCCGGCCCACACAAUUGAAGGGUCCGAUUUUUAUGGGUUUUCACUUUUCAGGGGGAAAAAAUGGAAGUAUGAAAGAGAACAAAAUGGAAGUAGACUAAUAUGUUUGGUUAGGUUUUCAAAGUGGAAUAUCUAAUUAUGAAAAAAAUAAAACACAUUGUUUUAAUAGAAAAAAUAAUAAUGUUAUAAUUGGUUGAGUUUUUCAAAGUAAAAUGUAUUUAUAGGAAAAAAUAAAAGUAUAAUGUCUUCUUAAGAAAAAAAUAGAGUAUAAUGAUAUAAUUGAUAAUCAAAAUCAAACAAGUUUGAAUUUAAAAGAUUGGUCUUGAUAAGGGAAAUAAAAGUACAAUGUUUUAAUAUGUCAGGUUUUAGAAGUAUAAUGAUAUAUGUGGUUAGAUUUUCAAGGUACGAGGUCCUAAUAGGAAGAAAAAAAUAAAAAGUAAAUUGUCUUAAUAUGACAAAAAUAUAGGCAACACAAGUUUCAGAAUAUGUUCCCUAGUCUUGCAGCCUUGGAAGUGGAUGUUUAUUAUUUUGCAGAUAGAUGGCAAGAUAACGAUUGGAAAUGGAGUUGAAGAUUAGAGAUAUGUUGAGGGCCACAAUGGUCUCAACUCGAGGAUUUGACGAAUAUUUUGGUUCAAAUUCAUCUUACUACUGAUCCGGAUAAAUGGGUUUGGGAGUUUCACAAUAAUGUUAUGUUCGUUUUUAGAGACAUUCGGUUGGCUAUUGAUGAUCUGGUAUUUCCUUCGUCUCCUUUAAAAUUAGUUUGGAAUAAGUUUCUUCCUUUAAAAGUUAAUAUUUUCCGCUGGAGAGCCACGUUAAAUAGGUUGCCUACCAAAGAUAAUCUCAUCAAUAGGGGUAUUGAUAUUUCGUGUCUCUUGUGCCCGAUUUGUCAUGGCUCGAGUCAAGAGAUUCUCCAUGUUCUUUAGAUUGUGAAGUGGCAUCUGGGGUUUUUUUGAAGUUGAGUCGUUGGCGCAAUGUUGACUUCGUGGGUCUCCUUUUGGCUCGUGAUCUUCCUGGUUUUUUGGAAUCCUUACAUGUGUCGAUUACUUGCAAAAAUAAGUGUGUGUUCGAUAGUGUUAAACCUAGACUGGAUACGUUGUUUGAUGAUAUUGUUUCAUUUUCAUUUACUUGGAUAGCUUAUAUAAUAUGUUUCAUCCUAAUUGGAACAAUUCGCUUAGAAGCCCUUUACUUAUUCUCUG